GCGAACCGAAACGGCGUCGUAGAAAGCCGCAUCAGCAAGGGGGUAGGGUUUAAGCGCGAGUCUGCAUCUCUGCAUCAUCGAACCUGUGAUUCAUUCAACUCAUUGCUUCUUUACACUGCUACUCUAUCCCCCGAAACAAGAAAUGGCUUCCCUCUGCAGAUCAGCUCUAAUGGCCGGCUCGAGAUCCAUGGCUCGCUCAAGAACCCUCAGCCAGAGCUCCCUAAACUCCCUAAACCCUGCAGCCAUGUCGUCUCCAUUUGCUUCGGCCACCAGAACCAUCCCUUGCGCUACAAGGUUUGUUUCGGUAUUGGGAAGCAUGGAGUCAAUGAUGCCACUUCACAGUGCCAUUGCUUCUGCUCGGCUCAAAUCCAACAUUGCCGUCGAUUCCACCUGCUGGAGCUGCCUUUCUCAAGGUCUUGCAUCACCGUUGUGACAAGGCCCGCUGGCUAUGUGAGGGCUUCUUGAUUCAAGCUGAAUAUGAACCGAAUUUAACCAAGCAACCUGGCCUCGGUUCGAUCAAGUUGAACUGUACUGCGCUCCUCCUUAUGUGCUAAUGGCAUAUAAAUUGCUAUUUCUUAAAGGAUUUCUGUGAUCAAUUUUGGUUUUUACUUCAACUGUUAGACAUUUGUGAUGGGUGAUGGCACAUGAUGUAACGAUUUCCGUGAAAACCUCUCGCAUCAUUGUAAUUCCAUUGUUUCGGUUGAUUAUUAAGAUAACAUCCAUCUAGUGUGACUAGCAAGUUUCUAUCAAGUUCAUAAGAUUCAUGAGAAUUUGACCCAAAUGUUCUCCUCUUCAG